AUGGACUCGGCGAGGCGACGCCGCUAUGCGGGCCUAGAUGAAGAGGGUGGUUCAGAGACGGAUUUUGUGGAGAUUGAGGAUGCCUUGCCCUGGUACAAACGUCGCUUCAUCCAGGCCGUCAUGAUCGUUGCGGCCAUCGCCCUGGUGGUGGGCAUAAUCCUCGCCAUUGCCAUCCCUGUGGCCCUGAACAAGGAGUCGGACUCGAAUGAGAACAAGCGCGUGUUUGCCUUUGACGACAUCUUCAACACGACCACCGAGGGUCUCUCGCUUCAGUGGUGGUGCCCCACCACGCCGGCCGCUGCCGCCUCGUUUGUGUACCAAGGCAUGCGCCCCACUCUCGAGACGCACAUGAACGUUCAUAAGAGCGGCAACGUCAUCAGACAAAUCGUGACGAACGCCACUCGGUCGUUCCCCGACGCGGCCAACCAGGAGGUGCUGUUCAACCAGACCGCGUUCGUUGCCGCGGCGCCAGACAACGCCUGGGCGAGUUCCAUCGGCUCCUACUACAUUUCGCCUGCCGGCGGCGACAUCAUCUUUGCCGUGAACCAGACUUACAGGUGGAGGCACUCCUACUUCGCCAAUUUCUACGUCUACAGCAUCAGCGCCAAGACGGCUACGCUGCUCGAUGACCAGAACCGCCGCCUUAUGAACCCCGUCUGGGCGGCGAGUGGCAACAUUGCCUUCGUGCGGGACAACAACGUCUACAUCAAGGACACCGGCGCCAACACCAUUCGCCAGGUCACUACCGACGGGACGCCCGGCCGGCAAUCUGAUGGAGUCAGCAUCGUGAACGGCGUUCAGUCGUGGGUCUACGAGGAAGAGGUGUUCUCCGACAUGACCGCGAUGUGGUGGUCGACGGACGGCGCGCACCUGGCGUACCUCAAGUUCAAUGAGACGCUGGUGCCCGAAUUUCUGAUGCCGGUCUACGACGGCGACGCCUACCCCGAAAUCGACAACCUCGCCUACCCCAAGCCCGGUUUCGCCAAUCCGGAGGUGACGGUGGGCGUCUACAAUGUUGCGAACGAAUCGACCGCGGUGCUGGAUUGGUCCGACUCGGGCAAGUACGAGUACGUGACCGGCAUCUGGUGGGUCGAUGCCAGCACCGUGGCCGUGCGCAGACUCAAUCGCCUGCAAAACGAGGAGCAAACGGUCCUGUUCAACGUGAUCGACGGCUCUUCGCGUGUUCUCUUCACCAAGACUUCGAAGGCCUGGAUCGAAACUCAAUUCGAGUUGACCUUCCUCCGCGAGACCGACGGCAGCAUUCUCUACUUUGUGGACCUCCUCGCCAACGCCAAGUCCUACCCUCAGGCACUCCACCUCCACUUGCCCCCCCGCCACAAUGCCGCGACGUGGGAGGUCACUCGCAUCAACCAGUGGCUUCCCGCAACCCGCACCCUUGUGUACACGAGCACGGAGGUGAGCGUGAAUGAAAGGCACGUCUACGCGCAGUCGAUCGAGGGCACCGGUUCCAGCAAGGUCAGCCCCAGCGCGGGCUGGUGGUCCGCCUCGUACAGUAAUCUGUUCACCCUCAACUUUGGCGGCAAUGGCGACCUGUUGAACGUCCCCACGGUGCACUUGCACGACUCUCAAAACCCGCGCAUGAGCGUAUCGCUCGUGGCCAACGCCCAGCUCAAGGAGAAGGAAUUCUUGAGCAUUCCCAACGCCGCGGGCGAGAUGAUGUCGGCGUCGCUCCUCUACCCGCCCAACUUCAACCGGGCCAAGAAGUACCCCGUGCUCAUGCGCGUGUACGGCGGCCCCAACUCGCAAGAGGUCACGCGCGCCUACCCGUUCGGUGGUCAAAAGUCCUUCGAUCUCUACAUGGCCUCCAAGGGUUUCAUUGUGGGCCAGGCCGACGGCCGAGGCACGGCAGCCAAGGGCGAAGACUGGCGACACACCGUCUAUCUGAACCUGGGCACCUAUGAGACGCAGGACCAGCUGGCUGCGGCCCAGCACUUUGGCAAGCUCGGCUUUGUUGAUUCCUCGCGCAUCGGCCUCUGGGGCUGGAGCUACGGCGGCUACAUGGGAGGAUUCGUCGGCAGUGCGCCCGAGGCCGAGGGAAAGCUCAAGCUGACCAUGUCAGUCGCCCCCGUGACCGACACCGAUGACAAUGUGCACCUGCAAAACGCCGCGGAGCUGAGCAAGGUGCUCGUCCGACAGGGCAUCGACUUCGAGCAGAUGUACUACACCAACUCCGAUCAUUCGAUCAACGCCGACAACGCACGCCGCCACCUCUACCACCUUCUGAGCCGCUUCGUUAUCGACAACCUGUGA